AGUUGCUUGCUGCUAACGGCACUUGCCCUACCAGCCUGUGUAGGAUACACGGGGGAUCUUUGUCUGUGUAGUGAGUAGUUGCUUGCUGCUAACGGCACUUGCCCUACCAGCCUGUGUAGGAUACACGGCGGAUCUUUGUCUGUGAAGUGAGUAGUUGCUUGCUGCUAACGGCACUUGCCCUACCAGCCUGUGUGGGCUAACCGGGAGAUCUUUAUCUGUGUUUGUGUACACGUACGAAUCGUACACAGUGCAACGGGCAUGGCUGUCCCGUCGCAGAGCAUGCCACUCUCCACCUCGUCACCAAUGGCUCCAAAGAGGAACCACCGCUCACGAAGCCUCCCGAGGGUCACCUCCUCGCCGUCUCUGCGGCGCCUCAUCCCCGUCGCCUUCGCGGCCGUCAUCGCCACCCUCCUGCUGGGCUCGUCUGAUGGACAGGACGUCGUCGGCAGCUCCUCCAGGGCAGGUCCUCCGCCGCGUUCUCCUCCGCAAAGGUUCCCUCCGCAAAGGUCUCCGCAGCCUCAGCUUCCUCCGUCAACCGGCCUCCGUCGAACCUUCACCAGCGUGCGCGCCGAGAUCGGCCGAGACCCAUCGUCGUCGUCGUCGUCGUCGUCGUCGUCGUCGUCGUCGUCGUCGUCGUCGUCGUCGUCGUCGUCGCUGGACGUUCGGAAUCAAGCUGGAGGCUCCGCGGGGUCUCCUCAAAAUCCCGCGGGAUCUCCCACCAACCAGGGUACGGUGCGCGGCCGUACGAGACACCCGUACGGGUUUGGUCAGGUGCCGAGUCAGUGGUGGCAAGCCACCUUUGGUGGUGGCGGCGCUGGUGGUGCCGCUGGCGGUGUCGCUGGUGGCGCUGGUGGCGCCUCGACAUCCAGAAGUCAAGCGGGCCGCUUUCCUCCCCAGUCGCCGGACCAAGGCUUCUUGAGGGGCGACGGAAGCAGCGGCGGUAGCAGCGUCAGACAAGCGGGCGCCGUCUUUCCGAGGCAGCUUGAGGAGGAGGAUGACGCCGCCGCCUUCGGAGGAGGUGGUGGUGGUGGUGGGCCUCGUGGCUUUUUCCCAGCUCGCCGUGGCGGGUCGUCGUCGUCCUCCUCCCAACAGAGGCGGCCGGGCUUCGGAGUUGACAACGGCGGCUCCUUCGCCCCUCAGGGCGCUGCUGCGUCCUUCCCACUGCACGAUCCAGCUGGCGGGGGCUCAUCGUCACUGCCUUCCUCGUCGGCGUUCGCAUCUCCUCAGAGGCCGGCUCCCGCUUUCCAGCCCAUCCCUCGCAGGAGGCCCGAUCAGCGAUCGCAAGCCUCCUCCACCUUCUCCUCCCAGCGGGCGCCCUUCACCGGGCCCUCGACCUUCCUGCCCGACGAGGCCUCGUUCCCCCAAGGAGCGGCAGACGGCGGUGGGGCCCUGAACCCCUUCCUUCCGCGCAACCUCGGCCCACCGCCUCCCGGCAACAUCCAGCCCUUCCCACCGCAACUCUACCCCGGCUACCCGCAGAGCGGUAGCGCCGACCAGCCCCAAUACCAGCCGAGGCCUCCUCAAGGAUACCCCCAGGGCGUGCCUCCUCCGGCAGGCUACGGUCCGCUCCCUGGAUACCCAAACCAGGGUCAGUACUACCCGCCGCCGCCGCCGCCGCCGCCGCCGCACGGUCAGCUGCGCCCCUACUACCCCACGGGCCAGGUCCAGCCGGCGCCAGGGCCGUACCCUUACCAGCCGGCGCCUCCAUUUGGCUACCCUGACCCGAGGCUCUACGGCGGCUUCAACCACCACCUCCAGCAGCAGCAGCCGCCGCCGCCGCCGCCGCCGGGAGCGUACCCGUUCUAUCCGCGGGGAGGCCUGCCCGCCGAAGCUGGCCUCGACAGAUCCUUCGGUCACUUCAGAGACGGCGGCUUGGAGCAAGAUGCUGCCGGUGGUGGCGGUGGAGCUGCCGCCGCUGCGGCUGCCGCGGCCGCUGCGGCCGCUGCGGGCGCUGGAGUCUCUCAGACCUUCCUCGGGGCCUCUCCAGAGGAUGGCCUUGACAGGAGGUACACGGCCAGCAUCUACCAAGGAAGGGGCGAAGAUCAGCAGCAGCAGCCGUCGAAUGAAGGUGCGGCGGUCUUCCCGGCGGCUCGGGAACCGCUCGGGGCAAGGGCGCCGUUGGAACGGAGCCAAGACGUCGUUGGGGGAUCGGCGUCUCUGACUUCGUCACCUUCGGGAUCGUUUGCGCAGCCUGGUGGGUCGUUGAGAAGGCCUCAAGAUGGACCAGCCCUGCCGGACUUGGUGGCGGACCCCGAGUACAUCCAGGCGUCCGUGUUUGUCGAGCAGAAGCCGCUCUACUCUCUGCGCUGCGCCGCCGAAGAGAAGUGUCUCGCCAGCACGGCCUACGCGGCGGACGCGAAGGACGACGACAUCAGGAUCCUCCUGCGGUUCCCGCAGCGCGUCAAGAACGAGGGGCUCGCAGACUUCCUGCCCAACCGGCCCCGCAGCCAGUGGGAGUGGCACACCUGCCACCAGCACUACCACAGCAUGGACGACUUCAGCCGCUACGACCUGCUGGACGCCCUGUCGGGACACAAGGUGGCCGAAGGGCACAAGGCCAGCUUCUGUCUGGAGGACACGUCCUGCGACUUCGGCUCGCUCAAGCGUUACACGUGCUCCGCUCACACGCAGGGCCUGAGUCCCGGCUGCUACGACACGUACAACGCGGACAUCGACUGCCAGUGGAUCGACAUCACAGACGUCAUCCCCGGCAGAUACAUCCUGCGGAUACACGUGAACCCCAACUACUUGGUGAGGGAGGUGGACUUCACGAACAACGUGGUGCGCUGCAACGUGCACUACACGGGGCGCGUCGUGUACGCCAACGGGUGCCGCAUCACGCAAAUGUGACGGAGCUUUGGAGCGGCUUAAACGAGACGGAAGCCUGCACAAGUUACUUCAUUUUGCUAAAGUAACAAAUAACUAGAAUUGCCAUGACGAGGGUUGUACUGUAUCAUUGAAACUAUACUAAAACCUUAGCCAUAUCGUUAAAAAAAACAAUGAAAACUAACUGCGUCUAGAGAUAUUCGGACAACAAGAACAGAUUCUAAGACCCGGUCUAAACGAUCCCAAGACCUGAUCUACAGGCGUCUAAAUGUUAACCCCCUGAUUCCAAGGCCUGAUCAAUCCGAGUCUCAAUCAAAACCUUGAUCUUCAAAUCUGCUCUCCUCCGAGUCUCGAAUCAAAACACCCCCCCCACCCCCCCCCCCCUCUAAGCUUCGAGGGGUCACGUCCCGUGGUGGCAGCAGCAGCAGUAGCAUCCUCAAGUCAGUGUUCUUCACUCGUGUCCAGAGGUUGCGGGACACUUUCGCCGAUAAGACAUGGGCAGUGUGUGAGUGUGCGUGCGUGCGUGCGUGCGUGCGUGCGCCGCCACACAUUUUGAAACCAUUGGGGGGUUUGACAGCCGCACGAUGGUGAUGAUGGUGAUGAUGAUGGGCGGGUGUUUUCACCAUCUGUGUAUUGUCGGGGGCCGCACUGAAGGCCACCCCGGGGCUGUCAGUGGCCCGCGUGUGUGGGCCUUUGCAAUGAUGAAGAACGCUGCCCUGAAAGUCACCGGUGGUUCUUUUAAACAGAUCUCAACUUCCCGCGGGCAACAUUCAGCCCACCCCAGGUCUCUGCUCCCAGGUGUCUCCCCCCCCCCAGGUGUCUCCCCCCCCAGGUGUCUCCUGCACUUGGGGAUGAGCAAUGUCAAUGCUGUCCUCCCACACGGUUAAAGGACGGCGGACUGAACCCAUACACUCGCACACGCCGUUCUAUAUGUAAACAUACCGUAGGCUGUAUUUUAUUUUUUACAAAGUAGGGAUUUUAUUGUUGUUGUUGUUGUAACCUCUGCCGUUUAAACAUUGUAUCGCGGUCACACGGCAACGCACGACUCGCAUCAGAAGCACGGACACACGCCACCGCCAUCCCCUUCUCUCUCAUCCCGAGUGGAACUUCCUCUGCGCCGUACGUAGGACAACCGUGCCGACCGGAGGUGCUCGGCCAAAACCGGCCGCGGGCGACCGUCACUUUGAGUCGUGGCGCAUCCUGUUCGCACGGGGCCACGACGAGCGAAUUGACCCGAUAACCCCCCCACCCCCCCACCCCCACACCCCAAGGGGUCAUCGCAUAAUUCGGUUCAAAUUAGAACCGCGAAAGCGAUUGCCACUUGAGAGAUGGACCGCGAGACCCCAACCCUUGGCCGUGUCGCGGGCUCCCACCGAACGCGGUGCGGGUGGCCCAUCGUGCGCCGCCCGCUCGCCACACUGCGCCGCUCGCGACGAUGUUGCACGCCGAACUUCCUUUGCACCGUACGUAGCCAACCGUGGCUCAUCGGAGGUACGGCGGGAGGGGACAAGAUAGAACGCACGCACGCACAAAGCGGAAGAACACAAACGUGGCACCGUCUUGUCCCAUUGUCUGUGCCCUCCGUCCUGUCUCCCAUGAUGCCCCGUCGCAUCUCCCAGGCCACGUGGUGGUCCCCUGCCUCCAGUGACGACGUUGUCGGCUGCGAGGUUCGGCCGCCCGCGAUUUGCGAGGUGCACGCGCGGCGUGACACCGACCCACGCCAUCAUUUGUAUCUGUGUUCCAUUUAACGCGAGAAAAUGUUAAUCGUACUUUUACGUAAACACACUUCCCGUUUGAUGGCUGGGUUGACGGAGGGUAACGUUGAACGAGCGGAGGUGGUGGGGGUCGUAUUACGAACCGGUAACCAAACUCCACGCUUUGAGUUCACGGUGGCUAUGAGAUGUCAUCUCCCUUGCCUGGUACACAGGAGGUCGUGGGUUCCAUCCCGACCCUGACACCUGCCGUAUAUUUGGAGUUUGUGUGUCUCUCUCUCUCUCAUCACGGUGGCUAGGAGAUGUCAUCUCCCUCGCCUGGUACACAGGAGGUCGUGGGUUCGAUCCCGACCCCAUCGCCUGCCGUAUAUUUGUAGUCUCCCCGUGGUCGCGUGGAUUCUUCUCUCCAGGUCCUCUGGUUAUUCCCUCCACAUUUAGAAUCAACAAGUGCGUUUAGAGUCUUUCGUAGCUGUACAUUUCCACGUUUGUGAUGGGCAGGUCGCUGCUUAAAAUUAUCUAUAUAGCUCAGUGGGCCCUAGUAAACUAAAAGAGUAAUUGAGUUUAGUAUGUUUAGUAUGGGUGUAUAUACACAAUUAAACCCCACACGAGCCGUCAAGCGUUAAUUAACCCCUUCCCAUUCCGAUGACGUACGUGUAAUGUAGAUCUAACGUGCAAGUAACGUCAUCGGUUUUUCUUCCGGUUCCGUUCCCAUGACGUACACGUAACGUCAUCAGAACUGGACCGGAACAAAAACUAAGAUAAUCACUCUGCUUAACACGUAGGCUUUCGCUACCAACAUCAUCCAUAAUACAGGGUUUAUUUUUUGGAGUUAGAUCGCGAUCUAACUAAAAAAACAACCCCUGUAUUAUAUAAAGUAAACUCUACCGAUACCGAGGCUCUCACAAGCCCACGCGGGGAAGGGCCGUAUGUGGCCCAGCUUGGCCGCCGGCUAUCGUAGAGUGGCGGCGGUCGUGUCGCUACAGUUCUCUGCGGUGAUGUACGACGUCUUUAACAAGCAAAGGCGCUGCUGCUGUUGCUGCUACGCCUCUCGAAAUAAAACUCACUGCUGAGCCGCU